GAAGUGCCCCAGUUGCUGGAGUGUUUCUCUGUAGCCAGAGAGCUAGCAGGCAGGAAGUGCAGCUCGGGCGCCUCUCCACUCCUCUCAUCAAUGCAGCUUUCAUUCUCCCUCGGUGGGGCAAGAUGGAAGCUGUACAAAAGGACCACUGGUACUUUGUGGUACUCAUCUUUCUUCCAUUUCUUAAAGUUGCUGUCCAGCAGAUGGAGGCUGCUACAGUCCGUCUGGAGGAAGGGAUGGUUCUCGACUGUUUGUGUCCCUGGGACGGCAACCUCAGCAUGGUGUCCUGGACCAAAGUGCCAGACAAGGAUCCGGUAGCCGUUUUCCAUCCGGAGUUUGGAGUGGCCUUUUCUCACCAUUACCGGGAGAGGAUAGAGUUCCUGAGGACCAUGCCUAUGGAUGGAAGUAUUUCCAUGAGGAACGUCACUCACCAGGACAUCGGGCUUUACCACUGCUCCGUUCAGACCUUCCCCCAAGGCCCCUGGACGAGGAACAUUCAGGUGGAAGAUUUAGAUGAGCCCCCAGAAGAUGACAACAACAGCACAGAGCCCCCCACCCCAGAGGUGAUCACGACAGACACGGAGUUGGUGGCUGAGCUCGACAACAACCUGAACAUCAGCUGUAACCACGAGCACAACGGCACCGUUUACCAGGUCAUUUUGGAGAAGAUGCCCCACGGCAAGCCCUGGGGCAUCAUCGGAGUGUGCAAGAAGGUGGAGGGAGGCCUGGUGGGCGAGGACUACAGCGACAGGGGAAGGGUCAACUGUGCAGACAGCCUGGACGUCAGUCUGCACCUGGCGGGUGUGGUGCACGAAGACAGCGGUUUCUACCGCUGCACUUUCAGCACGGAUGCAGGUGUGCGGACCACCACCGUGCUGCUCACUGUGCCUCCUCCAGGUGGAUUCAGCCUAUCCGUGUACAUGAUGUAUAUUUACAUCGGGGCUGGAGCUGCUGGGCUUAUUCUACUCAUCGCCAUCAUCAUACUAGCAGUGAAGCGCAUGAAGAGGAACAGGAGAGAGGAGUACCGAGUCAAACUGCACCCAUCUCAGAGACAGCCCAACAUCUAUGAGAACGUCUCUAUGUGUCCCAGGAUGGCAAAGAAGUCCAGACAGAUAAAAAGUUGCCCGGUCUAUGCCAACCUACAGACCGUACGGUCACACAAAACCAGACGUUAGCUUCACGAUAAAUGAGUGUACAUCAAUAUGACAUCCUGCGUAAUGUGAAUGUGUGGUUUUUCCACAAAUGAAGCAGAUUCAUUGUACUUUGUACACACUUUAUUGGGUUAUAGAUGUCAUUUUCGCCCGUCAAUUUACACUCAACAACACAUAAUGACAAAGUGAAAACAUGUUUUUAGAAUUUUUUUCAGAUUUAUUAUUUACAUAAGCAUUCAGACCCUUUGCUGUGCUGUUCAAACUGUGGUCAGGUGCUUCCUGUUUGCUUUAAUUAUCCUUGAGGUGUGUCUACAACUUGAUUGGAGUCUACCUGUGGCAAAUUGAAUUGAUUGGACAUACACCUGUGUAUAUAAGCUCCCCCAAUUCACUCUGCAUGUCACAUCUACAACACAAUAAAUAGUGCAAAAAGUGAAUACUUUCCGAAGCGCCUCGUACGAGCAACGCUGAUUCUAAUUGUUAUUAUUUUUUUAAUAAGAUGCAGGCAUCACACUGACACUGAUUAAUACUCACACUGUGGUUUGAAAUGAGUUAACAAGCUGCUGCUCGUGUAAGUCUCAGAGAGCUGACGGGUUUGUUUGUGUCCAACCCUGCUCCCGCUAAUUAAAUGUAGUAUGUACUUCAUAAUCACUGUUGAGGAAAUAUUUGUUUGGGGCAAAACAAUAUUUGACAGUAACCCGUCACGCAGAAAAAAGCAUAACAAAAGCCUGCAUAAUCAUUCUUUUCACUUCCCUAACCCCCGAGUAAAACGAUUGACAAAAGCCUGUGUAAUUGCUCUCCUUUUACUUUCAUCCCUCCUGGUUUCCAUUCAAAGCUUGACAAUGGUGUCUAAUCAUCUAACGGCGAAGAAAAGCAGUCACUCAGCACUGUACCAUCACUUGAGACUGUUGCUUUCCCCCAAAGGGGCUCUCCGUCUAGGAUGGCUGCAUUCUACUUACAGCGCGCUCGUAUUAUGAAAGCUAAACUCUAAUUAGAUAAUCCAGCGCUUUAGUUUACAGCUCCUUAUACUUUGUCUAUCUACUGUUUAUUGAUGAAUGUGUUUUUCACUCUUGCGUUUUUGAAAAUGUUAAUUAAAAAAACAUUUUUAUGAUAAGCUGUCACAAGUUUUCCAAGUUGUAUUUAUAUUUUUUUUUCGUGAUUUCUAAGCUCGCCUUUUUGUAAAUCAAUAAGGUUUAUGGUAGUGCCAUUAAGCUGUGUGUUGUUUAUGUGUAAUGUGAUUCAUUUAUCUCCAUAGAAAUGGAGGCAGUGGCAGAGGCAGUAAUGGAUAUGCAGGCUAUCCUGCUAGGAAACAAGACAAAUGUGGACAAGCUAGAAAUGUGGAACAUAAAAGGGACAAUAUAGUUUGGAAUCACAAGUUUUUUUGCCUUCAUUCUCUCGUCUCGCUGUUUCCGGCAAAACAGCAGAAGCUGCGACUGUACGUUUGACUGUGAUACUUGUGAUGCUGUGUGUGUGCGUGGCCAGCGAUACCGAAACUGAUGUGUUUGACUGUAAAUGACACCCAUGUGAUAUAAAUAAAACAAUGCCAUAGCCACUA